CACUCUCAGACAAUACUCACCAUAAUCCUCUCUCUCUCUCUCUCUACUUUCUCUCUCUAAGUUCCAAACCCAUUGGGCUUAAACGUGUGCGUUUGUCGUCCUCACCCUGGUUCAUGUUUUGCUCCCAUUUCUUUUGAAGUCACAACUUCCCGAGAAAACUGGAAAAAGCAAAGGAAAUAUCCAAAAGGGUCAAACGUUCCAGUUUCUCUUGGAUAUCUGCGAAAAACCGUAUCUUUCAGUAGCAAAACAGAGAAUGCUGUUCUGUUUCUUAAAUGGGGUUUUGUUGUUCCAUGACUCAUAGCGUUAUGUUGGAUUCUACACCACAUUUCCAUACCUUUAAGGAAUGUCAGGUUAUCCACCAAAACAGCCCAUUUUUGGUCCGCUCUCAUGAUAUAUCACGAUGUGCUAGACAUCCAUUACAUUUUAUAUAUUCCAGUAGUCUGCAAAGUCGGUUAUUAUCAUAUGCCGUCAAUUGCAGGACAAGUCAUUGCUUGUCUUUUUCAAGAAACAUAUUUGAGACAAAUCCUUUGCUGACCUCCUCGAUAUGUGGCCGGAGAGGAUUAUUCGUCUCUGACCAUAGACCGGUCCACUGGGCAAGAUCACGGAUAUAUGCAUCAAUUGAUGUUGCCAAUGCCAUUGAUGUCAUCAAUGAUCUAGGAUUGGAUACUUUGACAUUCUUAGCUGUAACUGUCACUGUUGUUCCUGCAUUCAAGAUCGUCAAAGCUAGCCCUAUACUUGGUUUCUUCUUUGCUGGUGUUGUACUCAAUCAGUUUGGGUUGAUUAGAAAUCUAACGGAUGUCAAAGUUCUGUCUGAAUGGGGGAUUCUUUUCUUGCUUUUUGAGAUGGGUUUAGAGCUUUCCUUUGCACGUCUAAAAGCUCUUGCAAAAUUUGCAUUCGGCAUGGGAUUGACUCAGGUCAUAUUGUCUACACUUGCUUUCACGGCAUUCGAACUUCCUCCUAAUGGGGCUAUCGGAACAAAAAUUCUGGAGUUCCUUUUUCAUUCAAGGCCUGACUUGGUCAAUAUAAGAAGCGUUGAUGAGGCUGUUGUGAUUGGUGCUGCUCUCUCCUUAUCUUCUUCAGCUUUUGUUCUACAGCUACUCGCAGAGAAAGGUGAGCUUCCGACAAGAUUUGGCUCAGCAACCCUGGGAAUACUACUUUUACAGGACAUUGCGGUCGUCCCUCUCUUGGUCAUACUUCCAGUGCUAGAGAGCCAGAACCUAGUAGAGGAUAGUCUUUGGCCAAUGCUUGCUAAAGAAAGUUUAAAGGCUUUAGGUGGACUGGGUCUGCUUUCUCUUGGUGGAAAAUUCCUUCUUAGGCGAGUUUUUGAGGUUGUUGCGGAAGCGAGGAGCUCUGAGGCCUUUGUUGCUCUCUGUCUACUGACAGUUGCUGGGACCUCACUUAUGACCCAGCAGUUGGGUUUUAGUGACACGCUUGGUGCAUUUUUGGCUGGAGCAUUAUUAGCAGAAACAAAUUUCCGAACACAGAUUGAAGCCGAUAUUAGACCAUUUAGAGGCUUACUCCUUGGAUUAUUUUUUGUAACUACUGGAACUUCCAUUGACAUGCAGCUUCUUUUCCGAGAAUGGCCAAACGUACUUUCACUACUCGCAGGCUUGAUUGUCAUCAAGACGCUGAUCAUAACCGCAAUAGGUCCUCGUGUUGGACUAACUCUACAAGAAAGUGUAAGAAUUGGAUUGCUCCUAUCUCAAGGAGGUGAAUUUGGAUUUGUGGUUUUUUCUCUUGCAAACAGGCUUGGGGUGCUGCCACUUGAGCUGAACAAGUUGCUUAUAAUUGUUGUUGUCUUGUCCAUGGCAUUAACACCGGCACUUAAUGAAGCUGGAAGAAAGGCUGCUGAAAUCAUUGAUGACAAAUUCAAUGCAGAGGAUGAAACUGAAGAAAUGGUGAACUUUGAGGCUAGUGAACCUGUUGUAAUCCUUGGGUUUGGACAAAUGGGUCAGGUCCUUGCCAAUUUCUUAUCCAGUCCACUGGCUGUUGGCGUAGAUGGCGAUCUUGUGGCAUGGCCAUAUGUGGCUUUUGAUCUAGAUCCUUCUGUAGUGAAGGCAUCUAGGAAACUCGGGUUUCCAAUUCUCUAUGGGGAUGGAUCACGUCCAUCAGUUUUGCAGUCUGCUGGCAUCUCUUCUCCAAAAGCUGUUAUGGUCAUGUACACAGGGAAGAAAAGGACAAUUGAAGCUGUUCAAAGGCUUCACAGUGCUUUUCCCGGAAUUCCCAUUUAUGCCAGAGCUCAGGACCUCAGACACCUUUUAGAUCUGAAGAAAGCAGGAGCAACAGAUGCCAUUCUGGAAAAUGCAGAGACAAGUUUGCAGUUGGGGUCCAAACUUUUGACGGGGCUCGGUGCCAUGUCCGAUGAUGUGAACUUUCUUAGUCAGCUUGUUCGCGACUCCAUGGAGCUACAAGCUGAAGAUUCACUUGGCAAAGCUGACGAUCGGAACACUGAAAUUAUGAAGCCUUUACAGGUGAGAGUUUCUGAUUUUAAUGGUGUUCAAGUGCCCAUUGCAUCGACUUUGUCCAAGGACAAUUCAUCAAGGGCAAACCAGACAGUCAGGAUUGAUGUCUUGAAGUCCGAGGGGAAAGUUGAUCAAGCAAAGCAUGAUCCAGAGCUCCAAGAAUCUAUGAGUUCAGAAUAUGAUGGCGUUUUAUACUGUAAUCUGGAAAAAAGAAAUGGUCUCCCAAUUGAUUCCAGUGUUGAUGAAGGAAAGGUGACAAUGGUAGAAGAGCCAUCAAUCUCUCGCAUACAAAAUAUGGAUGAGCAGUGAGAGGAGAAAAAAAGAAAAUGUUGACAUUUGCAUCUUUGCUCGGCGAAAUUUUGUUUCGAGUCUAACAAUGUGCAUAGGAAUGUCUGUAAGAAGCUGAAUUUUACGUUCUGAAGAAGAGAUGGGAAAAAAAGACAAGGAUGCCGAAUGUUACGGGCUGCUCAUUUUUGCCUCAAUAUUACGUAGGGGGCUUUUUACAACUCCGUGACAUGAAGGUGGCUUAUUCAACUGCAAAUAGACCAUAGUUUUAAUUAAAUCAUAAAACCACAUUAUGUGGAAUCUAUAAUUUUUCUUUCUUUUCUUUUCUUUUAUUUGAAAAGUAAUCAUUUGAAUAAUUGUAUAUUGAUUUCUUGAAGCCACUGUUUCGGCUGGGGCAAUUGCAUUUCUGAAGAGACAACAGACUUACUAACAGAAAUCAAGCCUUCUCUUUUAUGUUCUAUUUUUACAACUCUAAAGUGAUUGCACUUAAAUUGUUCAAAGUGUAUAUGAAAAUCCAGCCAGCUAGUUUUUGUGAACAGCUUAAACAGAGGCAUUGGAGAAAUAUUGUUGUAAAGAGAAGAAUUAUUGGUUAAUUCUCUAGUU